AGAAAAGAGAAGUUUUAUAUAUAUCCAUGGCUACAUCUUUCUCUGCGCCCUCCUUGAUGAUGGAAGAGGAAGCAAGGUUUGAAGCUGAAGUAGCAGAGGUGCAAGCAUGGUGGAACUCGGAGAGGUUCAGGCUAACCCGGCGACCGUAUUCGGCGAGGGACGUAGUGGCCCUGCGAGGCAACCUCAGGCAAACCUAUGGGUCCAACGAGAUGGCCAAGAAGCUAUGGCGAACCCUCAAGACCCAUCAAGCCAAUGGCACAGCCUCAAGGACCUUUGGUGCACUCGAUCCUGUUCAGGUCACCCAAAUGGCUCACCACUUGGAUACCAUCUACGUCUCCGGCUGGCAAUGUUCCUCCACCGCCGCCACCACCAACGAACCCGGCCCCGACCUCGCCGAUUACCCUUACGAUACCGUCCCCAACAAGGUUGAACACCUAUUCUUUGCCCAGCAAUUCCAUGACAGAAAACAGAGAGAAGAAAGAAUGAGAAUGAGCAGAGAAGAAAGAGCCAGAACCCCAUAUGUUGAUUACUUGAGACCCAUCAUAGCCGAUGGCGAUACCGGCUUUGGCGGCACUACAGCCACUGUCAAGCUCUGCAAGCUUUUUGUUGAACGUGGUGCUGCCGGUGUCCACAUCGAAGAUCAAUCCUCUGUGACCAAAAAAUGUGGUCACAUGGCAGGAAAAGUUCUAGUGGCCAUUAGUGAACACAUCAAUAGGCUUGUGGCUGCGAGGCUGCAAUUUGAUGUGAUGGGAGUGGAAACAGUACUGGUGGCUAGAACUGAUGCAGAAGCAGCUACUCUGAUUCAGUCUAAUAUAGACACAAGGGACCAUCAGUUUAUACUGGGUGUGACCAACCCGAGCCUGAAAGGAAAAAGCUUGGCCACUCUUAUGGCAGAGAAUAUGGCUGCGGGGAAAAACGGGGCUGAGCUUCAGGCUAUUGAAGACCAGUGGCUAUCAAUAGCAAGGUUGAAAACUUUUUCUGAGGCAGUUGAAGAUGCAAUUAAGAGCAUGAGUAUUGGGAAAGAAGAUAAGAAAAGGAGGUUGAAUGAAUGGAUGCGAUAUUCGAGUUAUGAGAAGUGUCUGUCUAAUGAGGAAGGAAGAGAGAUUGCUGAGAGAUUGGGCGUGAGAAACCUCUUCUGGGAUUGGGACUUGCCUAGAACAAGAGAAGGGUUUUACAGAUUCAAAGGGUCUGUUAUGGCAGCAAUCGUACGUGGAUGGUCUUUUGCUCCACAUGCUGAUUUGCUAUGGAUGGAAACCAAACACCCCAAUUUGGUUGAGUGUGCCCAAUUUGCUGAAGGGGUGAAGUCUAAAUACCCAGAGAUAAUGCUGGGUUAUAAUCUUUCUCCAUCAUUUAACUGGGAUGCUUCUGGGAUGACUGAUGAACAAAUGAUUGAGUUCAUACCCAGAAUUGCAAAGUUGGGGUACGUGUGGCAGUUCAUAACUGUGGGUGGUUUACACUCAAAUGCACUAAUUACUUCAACAUUUGCAAGGGAUUUUGCAAAGAGGGGAAUGCUGGCUUAUGUAGAGAAGAUUCAGAGAGAGGAGAGAAAUAAUGGGGUUGAUACACUUGCUCAUCAGAAAUGGGCAGGGGCUAAUUAUUAUGAUAAGUACCUUAAGACUGUGCAGGGAGGAGUGGCGUCAACUGCCGCAAUGGGCAAAGGAGUGACUGAGGAGCAAUUCAAGCAAACUUGGACUAGACCUGGAACAGUGGAUAUUGGUGGAGGGACUGUGGUCGUUGCCAAGGCCAGAAUGUAGAAUCGAACCAAUUC